CCGUUCGAUGUGACAGCGGAUCAUCUGAUGCAUGCGACGUGAUUAAUCACGGAAGGGACGGCUGCAGUCGUUUCUGUGGCCCGCCGCCAUACGUCUCUCAUGACGGGGAGCCUCAGUUAACCGCCUUCAGGAUUAGUUUAUUUGAACCAGAACGAGGAACAGACGGAGCUAGCUGCGUUCUGAUCUCAAACUUUGCAAUGGGAGAAGUGGAGAGAAGAAAGAUCAUCAUCGACACCGACCCUGGGAUUGAUGAUGCGAUGGCGAUCUUUAUCGCGCUAAGCUUGCCGGAAAUAGAGGUCAUCGGCUUAACAACGACCCACGGAAACGUUUAUACUACUCUGGCUACAAGGAAUGCUCUGCACUUGCUGGAGAUUGCAGGGAGAAGCGAUAUACCUGUAGCUGAGGGCUCUCAUGCUACUAUCAAGAAAGUUACAAAGCUUCGGAUAGCAGCCUUUGUUCAUGGUUCAGAUGGACUUGGAAAUCAGAACUUCCCUCCUCCUCAGGGGAAGGCAACCGAUCAAUCUGCUGCAGAGUUUCUGGUUGAAAAAGCUAAUCAGUCCCCUGGAAAGGUCACUGUUGUUGCACUUGGCACAUUAACAAACAUAGCGAUGGCCAUUGAACUUGACCCUAAAUUCCCACAAAAGGUAGGGCAGAUUGUUAUUCUUGGUGGUGCAUUCGCUGUCAAUGGAAAUGUUAAUCCUGCAGCUGAAGCCAAUAUUUUUGGCGAUCCAGAUGCUGCUGAUAUUGUCUUCACCAGUGGGGCUGAUAUUUUAGCUGUGGGAAUUAAUAUUACCCAUCAAGUUAUUUUGACAGAUGCUGAUCGCGACAAACUUUCACAAAGCGAAGGGAAAUUUGCUCAAUACAUGUGCAAAAUUUUAGAUUUUUAUUUCUCGUAUCACAGAGAUGCAUAUGGAAUACAAGGAGUGUAUCUCCAUGAUCCAACUACAGUACUUGCUGCUGUUUAUCCUUCACUCUUUACUUACACUGAGGGGGUUGUACGAGUUCAGACUUGUGGCAUUACAAGAGGGCUUACUAUGUUUGAUAACACCAAAAAAAGAUUUGAGGAAAUCACGGAAUGGUCUAAUAAGCCCAAGGUCAAAGUUGCUGUCACCGUGGAUGCUCCAGCGCUCGUUGAGAUUGUCAUGGAUAGGCUAAUGAGCUCUUAAAGAAAAUUACAUUGGGAAACCUGGAACAAUUAUGUAAAUUAAUUUGUGGGAUGUUAGUGCUUUCAUUGCUUAUUGUGGUGGUGAAAUGUGGUUUAAUUUAUAAUUUUAUGAUUUUGUGUAAUCAAACCAUGCAUUUUACUGCCUUUUUAAUGUGUGGGAACUCUUUUAUAAGAUUAAACUAAGAACAAUUUUAGCUGAUCCAUUACUGGAACAGGAGGGUAUUCCGUGUUACUUUUGAUAUUAAAAAAGCUGUAAGUGUUUGA